AACGCCACCUGACUUUAUCAAAACCAAAAAAAACAACCUUCAACGGCACGCUUUCUCCUCUGAAAUCUCUCCGACAAAACUUGUUCAAUCUACCAUACUUCAGUGUUUUAAGAUAAAAUCUGUCGUGAUGUCGAAGAACAAGGGCUUAGCUGAACAAGAUCUAAGUAAACUUGAUGUAGCUCAGCUACAUCCUCUCUCUCCUGAGGUCAUCUCUCGACAAGCCACAAUUAAUAUAGGGACUAUUGGCCAUGUUGCUCACGGGAAAUCGACAAUCGUGAAAGCUAUUUCCGGUGUGCAUACUGUUAAAUUUAAGAGUGAAUUGGAGCGUAACAUUACCAUUAAACUUGGUUAUGCAAACGCAAAGAUUUACAAAUGUGAAAAAUGCCCUAGACCAGUAGCCUACAAGUCUUUCGGGAGUGGCAAAGAAGACAAUCCAACUUGUGAUGUCUCUGGACAUGAGAUGUGCAAGAUGAAACUACUGAGACAUGUCUCAUUUGUCGAUUGUCCGGGACACGAUAUUCUGAUGGCGACAAUGUUGAAUGGAGCAGCGAUUAUGGAUGGUGCUCUACUAAUCAUUGCUGCAAAUGAGACAUGUCCGCAACCACAAACUGCAGAACAUCUUGCUUCUGUUGAUAUGAUGCACCUUAAAGAUAUCAUAAUCAUUCAGAACAAGAUUGAUCUCAUCCAAGAAAACGAGGCUAGGAGACAGCACGAGGACAUUCAGAGAUUUAUAACGAACACAAAUGCGGAAGGUGCUCCUAUAGUUCCUGUCUCAGCGCAACUGAAAUACAACAUCGAUGUUUUGUGUGAGUACAUUGUCAAGAAGAUUCCAAUCCCUGAGAGGGAUUUUGUGUCACCUCCAAGGAUGAUUGUGAUUCGUUCUUUUGAUGUCAAUAAACCUGGUUCUGACUAUAAUGAUAUGAAAGGUGGAGUCGCAGGUGGAAGUAUCCUCCAGGGUGUUUUGAAAGUGGGGCAUAUAAUAGAGAUUAGACCUGGAAUUACUGGCAAAGAUGAGCAUGGAGACACUAAAUGCACUCCCAUUUACACACGUAUAACUUCAUUGUACGCGGAACAGAACGAGCUUCAGUUUGCUGUCCCGGGAGGUUUAAUUGGGAUUGGGACAAGCAUGGAUCCUACGCUUACGCGUGGUGAUAGGUUAGUUGGUCAAGUCCUUGGUGAAAUAGGUACUCUCCCUGAUGUCUAUGUUGAGCUUGAAGUAAGUUUCCAGCUUCUGACACGUCUCAUUGGAGUAAAGACAAAGGAAACAGAGAGGCAAAUGAGAGUGUCAAAGCUAAUCAAGGGAGAGGUACUGAUGUUGAAUAUCGGAUCAAUGUCGACGGGAGCUACGGUUAUUGGAGUAAAGAAAGAUAUGAUGAAAGUGAAACUGACGCUCCCUGUAUGCACCAACAUAGGAGAGAAAGUGGCUAUAAGUCGCCGUGUUGAUAGGCAUUGGCGUUUGAUCGGUCGCGGUCAGAUUGAGGCUGGAACCACCAUUCCCAUACCUGAUCCUCCUUCUUUGCCAUGAUUAUAUUUGCUGCGUUCACAAACCAAACUUCUUGUCUCAUUAUAUCUUCAUAGUAUUCUUAAUCUGUCACCAAAGGAGAUGACUAAAUUUCUAGGUUCCAAUGCUUUUUGUGUGAAGUCUAACUAGAGUUUGAUCAAUUGCAUCAUCUUGUUUUGUUAUAUUGAUUUGUUAGAAAAAGUUUAUAGUCUAUGGUAUGGAUUUUAAAGCUUAAUUAAACUAGUCAUCCUAGUUUAUAUAUAUGGAAUCUUGGUUUGAGAGAAAA